GGGAAUGAACACCUCUCGGAUGUCUGAUUAUUGAGCGAUGACAAACCUAUCAAAGUCAACGCAGCUUCCAGUAGAUCGAACCCCGCACUAUAAAUAUUACCUCGAGGGUCACACACAUGCUACCCGCGCCCUUGCAGCACGCGGCUGAACCGCCGUCUCCGGGAGUUUCGACUGCACCCUACGCGUAUGGGACCUUAUUAAUGGCGUGUGUCAAUGGGUCCUGGUUGGCCAUACAGCUAAAUGUGCGCGAAAUAUGCAACGACAGAUCUGCUCGUCCGUUAUAAGCUUUCUCAAUAGUAUACAGUGUGGCCUUGGACCACAACCGUAAAAUCGCUUGUUCUGGCGCGAUGAACAGCACAGUGCGCGUAUGAGACCUGCAGAACGGGGAAUGUAGAUUUGCUCUGAGUGGACACACCUCGCUCGUCAGCCUGCUCAGUAUUUCCCCAUCCUUCCUUGUAUCUGCGUCAGCGGACGGCACUGUUCGCCUCUGGAAUCCAGACACAGACAAGCUACUGCUUACACGCACCGGAAAUGGUGGUGCAAUCACCUGCCUCUACCAAGAUGAUCGUGAGGUACUGAGCGGCUCCGAUGGCGAUUUCGAGAUGUAGGGCAUCAGCGACGAGGCGGAAACUCCUCAGGUGUGGCUCAAGGGUGUGGCCGGGUGGGCAGGUAGUGUGUAAGGGGAUGUUUUGUUCGCUGUGGCCAGCCGACAGGACUCGACAUUAUUGUACAUCUGGAGCUUCGCAUAGGUCCUGAGGGGGCUCU